AGCACUUGUGUUUGUGUUGGCAUCUGUUCUCUUCUUUGACAUCUAUCUAUCCCAUAGGGUUCGACUGUCUUUUCACAGCCUAUCUCUUUCUCUCAUUACAGUCGUCGUCGUCGUCGUCGUCGUCGUCGUCUUCUUUCCGAUGAAGGGUCUUAACAACGCCGCCGAUCUAUUUGAUCCUCUACUCGUCAUGGAAUCAGACACUCUCUCUUCUCCUUCUUCUCAUGAUGCCAAUGAUUUUGCCUUUGCUUUCAACGAUAGUAAUUUCUCCGAUAGGAUCCUUCAAAUUGAAGUCAUCAACGAUCCAAUUCAACCUUCUUCUAAUGCCGACGGUUGCUCCACAGUUGCUGAUUGGGCUAACGACCGCAAGAGGAGAAGGGAAGACAUCAAGAACGAAAAUGAUUUAUUGCCCGACCAGCCUGAUUUGAUCGACUUCGCGCCGCGUGAGCCUCAGGAUGAAGAGGCAGAUGCAAUGCUUGAAGAGUCCCCCUCAGGUGAUGAGGCCUCUACUGUUGAUGAUGCCAAUCUUCAAAUGGACUGCUCUACAGUUGUUAAAGUGAAAACACUGCACAUCAGCUCCCCCAUCCUGGCUGCAAAGAGUCCAUUCUUCUACAAGCUAUUCUCAAAUGGGAUGAGGGAGUCAGAGCAGAGGCAUGUCACCCUGAGAAUUGCUGCAUCGGAAGAAGCUCCUCUCAUGGAGCUUUUGAAUUUCAUGUAUAGCAAUUCUCUGAGUGUUUCCUCACCACCUGCAUUGUUGGACGUGCUGAUGGCGGCUGACAAAUUUGAAGUCGCAUCCUGCAUGAGGUACUGCAGCCGAGUGUUGCGGAACAUACCUAUGACACCGGAGUCUGCAUUGCUCUACCUCGAUCUUCCUUCCAGUGUCUUGAUGGCAGAUGCUGUUCAGCCAUUGACUGAUGCAGCCAAGCAAUAUCUUGCUUCCCGUUAUAAAGAUGUAACGAAGCAUCAGGAAGAACUCAUGGGCUUGCCACUUGCUGGAGUUGAGGCAAUACUGUCCAGUGAUGAACUGCAGGUGGCAUCAGAGGAUGCAGUGUAUGACUUCGUGCUGAGGUGGGCACGGACCCAGUACCCAAAGCUGGAAGAGAGGAGGGAAGUCCUCGGAUUAAAGCUUGCCCGCUUCAUCCGCUUUCCAUACAUGACCUGCCGCAAGCUGAAGAAAGUCCUGACUUGCAACGACUUCGACCACGAAAUCGCUUCAAAGCUAGUAACCGAAGCCCUUUUCUUCAAGGCCGAGGCACCUCACCGGCAACGGAUACUGGCUGCUGAAUCUGCUUCAUCGAGUCGCCUCUUUGUGGAGCGGUCAUACAAGUACCGCCCUGUUAAGGUAGUGGAAUUUGAACUUCCACGCCAACAGUGUGUGGUCUACUUAGACCUGAAGCGGGAGGAGUGUGCCAACUUGUUCCCAUCUGGUCGGGUAUACUCCCAGGCUUUCCACUUAGGUGGUCAAGGGUUCUUUUUGUCAGCACACUGCAACAUGGACCAGCAGAGCUCAUUUCAUUGCUUUGGGCUGUUCUUAGGAAUGCAGGAGAAGGGCUCUGUCAGCUUCGCGGUUGAUUAUGAAUUUGCUGCUCGAUCGAGACCAACUGAAGAAUAUGUCAGCAAAUAUAAAGGCAACUAUACAUUCACAGGGGGAAAGGCUGUGGGAUAUAGAAACUUGUUUGCUACACCGUGGACAUCAUUCAUGGCGGAGGACAGCCUUUAUUUUAUUAACGGUGUUCUCCAUCUUAGAGCGGAGCUAACCAUCAGAAACCGACUCGAUGUACAAGUGUAAACUUCGUCUUGUAGUUGGUUGGUAGCUGACUUUUUUUGUAGCACAGUUUAUCUUUUCAUGUUAACCCUCUGUAAUUAUAUUGUUGUAAUAUAUGCUGGCAAAUCUUGGUGGCUAGUGCUGUAGAUCAAGUUAAUGGUCUGGAUAAAAAAUGUCCCUGCACUCCAGCUUUGGCACUGCAAAACAAACUUGAGCUUGUAUGUCUUUUGGGUUGAAUGUAUUAGAUUGUAGUAAAAUUGUUUGGUUGAAAUUGAGUUUGAAAUGAAAGACAUAUUAUUUCUA